UCCAUUGCGGGAGGGAGGGCCACAGAACGUCGGCUAGCUUCUAGCAACAGCCUACAAGCAAGCGGGCCUACCUCUCCCCACACAAACCAAUAUCACUUCACUAUGUGACUGACACGGCUAAGGACAAGGGCGACUCUUGCGGGUCGAUUUUCGGUUUGCCUUUCACUCACGACGGACUACCUGAUUUCGAACUUCAUUUAAAAUUGUGUGUAUUUCUAAAAGUGAAAUUUAAAUCGGAGUCUGGAGGUCUGUGUUUUAUUUACGAAUUCAAGCCAGGAUGGUGUCUAGCUACCCACGUGUACCCGAGAGUAGGGGGGACUAGAGGAGCUCGAUGUGGGUACCACCCGCCCCCCACAGAGCGUGUCCGGCCAUAGCUGCAGGGUGCGAUACCCCACCCCCCGGGACCGAUUCCCCACCCCCUCGGCCCGCCUUCAAACUCUACUGCCUUCAGACGGGUUAGCGGGAGGCCAGUGUGGAUACCUGUAUAACAACAGCACUACUUGUGUCUGUGUUGUGUUUUAAAUGGAUAUCUUGUGUUGUUUUCAUCGAUUUUUUCGGAUACGAGCACACGAUUGGAAAACAACUGUACUAAUCAAAGUUCAUUUUUUAUGAGACAAGUGAAAGUUUUUAGGAGUUAGAAUCUCUUGUGUAAAACCCUUCAGUGUAUAAAAAGGGGUUUCUGUCCAUCCGAUUUCAGCAAGCUUGUGCGUUGGAUAGUGGGAUUUGUGUGGCAGCUCGACAGUGUUCGAGCUUAUUUUUAACACCAGUUACUCGUGAAAGUGGAUCUCUAUUCUAUAUUCCGAUGGAAGACAAGUUGUGUACCCUAGAGUGAAUGUGACACUUAGAAUGGAAGCGAGCGUCCAAUUCGCCCAGGGAGUUGGCACAGUAUGAGGACAGGCGGUGUUUCCUGGGAAUUUAGCCCAUGCAGGUUGUUGCCGUUGCUGCUCAUCAUACUCUUGAGUAUUCUUGGCGUUAACGCAGUUCAUGGUUCCUCGAACACCAAAAACGGAAUCUUCAAAAUAGAUAGGCAGGUAGCACAGAACCCUGGCAGCGAGACUCACAGCCUGAAGUAUCAGCUGUAUAAUAGGUGUAGCGAAGGAUACGUCCAGAUUAAGAGGACUCGUUCGAAAAAGGGCAAUCGGAUCCAGAUUCUUGCCAGGGGAAGACGGCAAAAGAGUAUUACAACCCACUUGAUAUUUGAGUCUCGAGCAGGAGGUGAUAUCUAUAUCAAGAGCCCUCAAACGAAGAAAUACAUCUGUUUUAAUAAAAAAGGCAAACUAAUACUACGGCAUACACAGAAACCGCAAUGUUUGUUCACGCAAGUGCAACGCUCGGACAACUAUACAGAGCUCAGGUCCAAGGCAAACGAAGAAUGGUACAUUGGCUUUCGCGAGAACGGAAAGCGGUUAAAAGGUUAUGCCAGAAGAAACCGAAGAAAAGAAAAGUGUUUUCACUUUGUGGUAGUAAAUUUGACUCCAGCGCCCCCAAAACCCUGGAAAAUAAAAGGAUUUUUGAAUCGAAGGAGGCGAAGUUGAUAUUAUAGCCAAAGUAUCUAGAUUUCUCGGCAUGAAUACCUUACCGGAAACCCGUUUCACUGCGGAACACCGGAAGUGCGAAUGUUAGCACGCAAUGCGGGUCCUCAGCAGCGCCGCCAUUGUUGGGCUAGGGCAGUUGGGAUAGCUGCAAAAGUACCGGAUGAGUAGUGCAAUUUCGUCCACGACUGGAACGUCAGUCGUCUUGAAACCACAACCACAAGCGUCCAUGGCAACGUAACCUAGCAACAGCAUCACUAGGAUCCACGUGGUCUUUCCUUGCCUGCAUAUAGUGAGAACCAAUCUUGUUGGUGUCCCAUGACGUCACAAUCGUCAUAGUGUCUACUUGACGUUACAAUUGUCAUCGUGUCAACGUGACGUCACAAUCGUGUCAACGUGACGUCACAGUCGUGUCUACGUGACGUCACAAUCGUGUCUACGUGACGUCAACAGUGUGAUAGAAAUACAGACACACAUUUCAGUGACGACAGGAGUGCGAUAAGAAAACGGACACACAUUUCGGUGACGUCAUAAUCAGGGAUUUUUUGGUAGCAUCUGCAAGUGUCGUUGCCAUCCCAGACUAUUUGAACCAUAUAGACUCGGGAGGCAGGCAUUCAGACUCGCCUAGUGAAUGUGGGCUAAAUCAGACGCUGUUAAGUCACGUGAUCAGUGUCCACUGUCGCAUGUAGAUAUAUACCAGUUAUCCAGACUACACCACCUCUGUAUAGAUAUGUAACGUAGACUACAACAACAUAGUUUCUACUGUACUGUCGCCCUUUCCCAUUACAUCACGUGACUGAGCGACACGCCCGCAGAACACCGCGGAAUGAUCACGUGGUCACAAUCUGUGCGGAGCCAGCCUCGAUCUGGUUGUCAGCUCAUGUCAUACACGUGACACCGUCUACUGCAUUUGAUUCCAAAUGUAAACCAAUAUCAUGAGUAUUAUAUCGUAUAAAGUAAUGUAGCUCACUAACCCAAGUCAAUGAGAGCUACCCACUCGGAUGGGCGGUGGGGUAGCCCAGUGGUCAAAGCGUUAAGCGACGACCCGGGUUCGAUUCCCCACAUGGGUACAAUACGUGAAGCCUAUUCUUGGUGUCCCCCGCCGUGAUGUUGCUGGAAUAUUGCUAGAAGCGGCGUAAAACCAUACUCACUCACCACGAUGCGAGCGAGCUAUGACUGUAUAUCUCGUGAGAUUAUGAAAGCUUCACCAUCUGAUGUCAUUGUAAUCUUCAUCUUAUCACCCAUUGUUGUCAUUCAUCACCAUAGCAACCUGUAGCCCAUGAUCACGUUAGGUCUAACCCUCUCCCGUCAGGCCAGUAUGCUCCACCCCCUUAUUUCUCUCCCUUUCCCCACCUUGACAAACGCUUCCAAUGGUUCGAAUGGUGCUACUUUGUGUGACAAUGUUUUUACUGUUUCUCCCAGGUGUUUUCUUCGUCGAACCUUCAGAUCCUUUUCCAACGCAGCAUCUUAGGGGGCCGGGGGGACUGGUUAGUGAACACCUCAGGUCAUAUGUACUUAAAAAUGUUUUAAUUUAAAAGGUUUUCAUUGUAGAUAUCCUUGUUCACUGACCAUCAUAGAAUGUCCAAUAUCCAUGGAGCCCUAGUUCGGACAGGUCACUCUGUCCAUCCACAGACCGAAUAGCCAGUUAAGAUAAUAAUACCUUUAUGCCAGUUGUGAGCGGCCGAGUGGUGACAAUGACAUUCCUCCUGACAAAUAACAACAGCGAUAUUAACGCUCAAAUUGGAAACGUGCUUGUGACAAAGGCAUUCGGAGUGUCACGUUGUGGACAUUGGACAGUCCAGAGAUGGUCAGCUUGCUUGGAUUGUCACUAAUCCAUCAGUAGUAGCUGUGUGGCGAAGACAAAGUAGUACCUUAAGCAGUAAUCAAACUGCCGUGAUAUCUUGGUAAAUACAUAGGACGCCCACCUCCGGGCGUCUCUCCCCAUCUGUGUUACAAACCACGCGGACGCCAUCUUAGCUGCUUCCUGAACACCUUAACCACUUUUCCCCAAUUCCAAUUCAAAUACGUCCUGGGUUCCUAGCACUUAAACACUUAAGUUGAAGGCCAUUUUAGCCAAUUCCAUCACCACAAGUUUACGCUCUGCCUUCUGCCUAUGUCGUUUCCAACCCACCGUCAAUCCAUACGUUAGAAUGAACGUUUUAGUGUAAGCGUGUUUUGAAAUUCAGAUUGGUACAGAAUGUUAAAAGUGAUAUGGACUUUUUGCGUUGCAAGCAUCCCCUAAUUGUUCCCACCCUCCCCCUAGAAGGCGCAUAAUCUCCCUAUGUAGGGCAUAAUUAUAAUGUGAUACGUGGUCGCCGUAAACGUCAUGACGUAACGCCGGCGUCUACAGUGUCUUCGUGUCGGGGUUUCACUGAUGUAAUAUGUUCUCGUGUCCUCGAUCCACGCUACAUACAGUUUGUACAGUUUUCAUCAAUCAUCUGAUCUCGUAUGCAAAUCUCUGUGUACAUAAUGUGUGUAUCAUAUUGUUGUAUAAGCCAAAGAUAUAUUUAUUUAAAGAGAUGAUGUAAAUACUACAAUCUCUGUCCCGUGGUAUUUAUGCACAAAGUGUGCUAGAUGCGACAACAAGAUAACAAUAAACAAUCUUAAACAUG